AUGGCUGCUCCGGCUGACCACAAGACCUCGGAGGUCCUUGCAGAGAAAUCUGAGGCCAAGUUGCACAACGAGUAUGCUCUUGAUGAAGAGGGCAAGGCCGUCGAGCAACUUGAUUACUCCGGUUCCUCCAAGAAGACCGAUCCAGCUGAGAUUGCUCUUGUGAGAAAGCUCGAUCUCUGGAUCAUGCCCACCCUGUGGGGCAUGUAUUGGCUUAAUUAUCUGGACCGAAAUGCAAUCGCUCUGGCGCGUCUCAAUGACCUUGAAGAAGAUCUCAACUUGCAAGGCUCUGAGUACCAGACUUGCGUUUCGAUCCUCUUCGUUGGUUAUCUCAUCGGCCAGGUUCCCAGCAACAUGAUUCUCACCCGCGUUCGCCCUUCGCUCUACAUGUCCGGCUUCAUGGCCUUGUGGGCCGUCGUCUCCGCCCUGACCGCCCUCUCCAAGGACUUCACCGGCUUGCUCCUCACUCGAUUCUUCCUAGGUGUUACAGAAGCUCCUUACUACCCGGGCGCGCUUUUCAUGUUGUCAAUCUUCUACACGCGAAAGGAGAUCGCCACGCGCAUCUCUAUUCUUUACACCGGCAACAUCCUAGCCACCGCUUUUGCCGGUCUUAUCGCCGCCGGAAUCUUCCACGGGCUUGACGACGUCGCAGGCAUCGCUGGCUGGAAGUGGCUCUUUAUCCUUCAAGGCGUGGUCACAUUCGUGAUUGCCAUUGCCUCGGCCUUCACGCUGCCCGACCACCCCCUCAAGACCCGCUGGCUCACUCCCGAGGAGCGCCAACUCGCGCACGACCGCAUUGAGCGCGACACCGUCGGCAACAAGUUCCAGCAGUCGACCUUCCAGGGCCUCAAAGAGUCGGCGCGCGACCCCAAGCUGUGGCUCUUUGCCUUCAUGCAACACAUGCAUCUGGCGGCCAAUGGGUUCAAGAACUUCUUCCCCACCGUCGUUGAGACUCUCGGCUACGGCAGGACCAUCACCCUCGUCCUGACCUGCCCUCCUUAUCUCAUCGCCGGCAUCAUCUCCGUCUACUGGUCGUGGCAGUCGGGUCGAUACAACGAGCGCACCUGGCACAUUACCGGUGCGAAAGCCGUGGCCAUCUUCGGUUUCGUCCUUGGAAUGGCCACUCUAAACAUGGGCGCCCGCUACUUCGCCAUGAUCGUCUUCUCCAUCGGCACAUACGCCGUCAACUCCAUCAUCCUCGGCUGGGUGGGCUCCACGUGCGGCCAGUCCCGCGAGAAGAAGGCGACGUCGCUCGCCAUCGUCAACACCAUCGCCAAUGCGUCGUUCAUCUGGACUCCUUACCUGUGGCCUUCGUCCGACGAGCCCCGCUACGUGACCGCCAUGUCCUCGUCCGCGGCCUUCUCGGUGGCGACCGCGGCGGGCGCGUGGGUCAUGAAGCUCUGGCUGAUCCGUGAGAAUAAGAAGAUUCGCCAGUCGGAUAACGAGGCUACUAUGUUCUACGCCUACUAG